UGUGGGAUUUUGCCGAGGUGUUUGUGGAUUUUUUCGUGUCAUUUCUCCUGUCGGCUUUGUCUGAACUCAUCACAUCAAGUCGAGGCAGCAGCCUUCCGCCGUCUGACAACCCAACUAAGCAGAGCGAUGGCGGCUAUGAGGUGGUUUAACCACCAUUUUCUCGCCUUUUUUCAUCCCCAUUUACAAAGGAAUUAGGAAUGACAAUUUUAAAGGAUUUAAUACGUAUGCAGGAUGCCUACAGAAGAUGUAGCCUACCAACAACGGCUGAAAAUACAGCGUACAACUCUCGGAUUUGGCGUCAUCCAAGUGGUCCUUGGACUUGCACUGACUGGACUCUCCUUCACAGCCUUCGUGUUGUCUGAGUCCGAAAAGAUACGCAAUGCUUGCCCAUAUUGGGCUGGAUUUACGGUUUUUUGUAGUGGUGGAGUGGGGAUCGUAGCAUGGAGACAUACGACAGUACUUUCGAUGGGUCUGUUCACAUUCUUCUCAGCUGUCUGUGUAGUUCUGCAUAUGAUUGGGACUAUACUAACAGGAGAGAUAGGGGGACUACUCAAGUCAAUCAUAAUGUGCCAAGACAAUGUUGUUGUGCACUCUUGCAUUUGUUGUGACAGCAUCAUGACAUGCAAACAGAACGUGCCGACAUUUGAGUUUAAAGGAGUUGAUGACUGUGCAAUUAUUACUGGAUUAAUGAAAGAAUUGAUGUACGGCUUGUGUGUGUUAAACAUAUUUGGCUCUCUUGUUUGUUUUAUUGCRACUAUCCUUGGGUGUACAUCUGUUGCAAGACAAGCAGGUCGAGAUCAGCCGUUUUUCAGACGUCGACUAUCCAACCGAUCCGACAGCCAUGAACAAAGCCAAUACUCUUGGCUUCAUUAUCCAGCAGAGACAAAUGUCCUCCCUCCCUAUGCCCCACCCAUCUACAGAUCAGUAGACAAUGUCCAAGAUUGUGGUGCCACGCCCUAUAUUGUACCCCCUCCUGUGUUUGACCCAACAGACCUCCCUCCGCCGUACUCCUCCAGAAACGCUUCCUUAUCAAGCUCAGGCCUUUCGCUAGCUGUACAAGACUCCAGCAACCAACGUAGACGUCCCAAUGACGGAGAUGACAAUGCUGGUGGYAGCUCGGCUGUUGUGUUAACCGAGAACGAUACCAUUGUUCAUCAUUACGAGAAUCAUUAUCAACAAAGAGUGUACAGUGAAAACAGGGCACGACCAGGAAACAUACCACAGAUAACAAGUGUUGUACUGACAAGGGGAGUUAUAACAGAACGAUCUGGCUCUGGAUUAAGAAUAGAACCAUCUAUACAAAACGUGAACAGUUCUCAAGUAUCGAUUCACAGUGAGAAGGCCGAAGAGUGCCGAGAGAGUAACGAAAGCAUAAAUAAUCUAGACAACAAUAACAAGUCAAAGCAAACUUCUUUUGACACAGUUGAACGUGCAAAUGAAUUUAUUAAAUUUGAAGAGAACACACAUAAAAGGAAYAGUAAUAAAGAAGCGAAACGAAAUGCUACCAAGACCAYUAAUCGAAAAACACGGAAAACAACAGAUGAUGAUUUCAGCUCAACGUCGGAUUCUGGUAUCGGGGAUGAACUAUCAGCUUCCAUUAACACUAACGAGACAUGCAGUUUAAAUUCGCAGGAAAUAGAGGCUGCUUUAGAUAAGGACACGAAUGUAACUGUAACUGACUCUGARAAGGAAAAACAGGACAGRGAUUUAGAGCACMUGACUCUCUCAUCGCGCGAUGCUGUUUCACCAGAUAGUCAACCAGUUGACGAUAUUGCCGGGUCUAAUGAUACAAUAGUCAAUUCGUUAGAUUCUUGGAGCGAAAGUUUAUUGGGUGCCUGUCAGUUAGGGAAUCUUGGGAUAAUAGAAAAUCAUGYGAAAGAUUCGCCAAUUGUCUCAUCAAUGCCAAAUCCAGGACUACACGAUGAGCUAGUUUGCGCGUCAAACGUACAUGAGAUACUUGGACAAAAUGUUGAUUGUAAUAGUGAUAAUAUUAUGAAGGAAAGCUUASUGCAGACGGUAGAAGAUGCAUCAGGUAAUUUUGCUGAGAAUAGACGCCAUGAGCAACAUGUUACCGAAGAAGUCAUUCGUUUGAUGGAUGACUUUGAAGCUAAUAUAAAUAUCAAUAAGGCUUGCGAUGUUAGUUAUGCACUAGAACCUGGGAAAUCGCUGGCUUACCUAGAAGAGCCUGACGGUGAAUUCGGGAGAAUAAAGGACGCAGAGGCAGAAUCACCUAAACGAGUUCGUCAAAUGAAAGAAGUCAUUCCUCCACAUGGAGCGAAAGCGGAACUUCACAAUUGCUCAAGGAAGGAAUUGUUUAAGAAAAACGAAUCAACGCUUGCUCGUUCUGAUACGUGUAUUGCAGUACUUCCCAAGGCUCCUCGCGAGAGUCGAACAGGAUCUGACCCAGGUGUGAGCCGAGUUGGAAGCUUCGUAUAUCCGGGACUUAAUCAAUUCCCAUUCCAACUCGUUCCACCYAAUGUUGAACUACCCUUGGAAAUACGAGAAGAAAGUAUAUUUUCAAACUCAAACUCUAACGAAAGCAAGCGUCGAAAAAGGCAUGGCGAGAGAGAGACCUCGCGCUCAAAGAGAAGAGCCCUUGCGAGCAAAGAUAUGAAAGCAAAAAGCCAACAKCGAACAGCCAGAAAAGAUGAAUUGACAAGCAUACGAGAACGACACACAAAGAGUCAAAACUCAAGGCAGAGAGUAGACAUCACACGAAGUCAGAAAUAUAAAGGAAAGAGUCCUUCGCAAAGAGUAAGGGAAGAUUCGGUUCGGAACCRUGUUCGUUUGCCGUCAAGAAGAAAAGGUAAAACUGAGCACGGGCAGAGUGCAUCAAGCCUGCAAAGCACUGGUGAUGUGAACCCUGCCAGUCAAUGUGGCGGGUGCACAGGUAAAGAAACUAUGGUAUAAAUAUAUCCUUAUUGUAUUUUCUAUCGUCGUUYUGUGCUAAGAAAGUUGCUGCAUUUAUGAAUUUUCCCAAAACACAUGCAGUUGUACCACGUACGAUAACAUGGCUGGUCAAAACAGCACAAGGCAUUUCAUCGUUAUCUAAGAGAAAAUUAUUAAGAUCAUGAAGGUAUUUAACAUGUUAAACAAGAACUUUUAUAUAUCAGCAACUUUAAAAGCAAACAAUCAAAAAGAAAUAUCUAUAUAAUCCAUUCAAAAGGCAUAUAACAGCUUAAACCAGGCUUCUCAAGCCCAAAAUCAGUAUAAGAUAGAAUAUUUCCAAGAGCUAAAAGUUCCUCCGUAAAAUAUCAACAUAAUUUAAUAUAUAUAUAUAUAUCAUAUACAUAUAAAUAUAUAUCGUUCAAUAAUUAUCAAAAAGAAAGUAUCGUCAGUAGCUUUUAGGAAUUAAAUUGUAAAGGGGGAAUUGGAGUAAUAUUAGAAUAAUGAGUGUUUAUUUAAAUGAGUUUAGACGACAGGUUAUGCAUUGUUAUAGUAAGGUAUUACUAUUGUCAUAGUCUAUUCGUUUUCCAUUUUUCAAAUACUAGCUUUUAUUUCUGUUUUGAGUGGGUUGGGAUGAAAGGUUUUUUAAUCAAAUUAAACAAACUAAGAUGAUGGGUUUCCUGUGUGGAAUUGACACAGGAUUCCCAAAGAAUGAAACGAUCAUUCGAAAGUAAGUGUUUGAAUAGUCACUUGUAAAAAUAGUUGAAUGMCAUUCCGUGCUUAUUGGAUUAUGAGAUGAGGAUGCGAUUUUAAAGUGUCCAGGGCUUGUYUCCUGGCUUGGACWAGGCAGGUAACUCGUYGAUUAUAUCAGCCWUACGGAGUUACAACGUGAUUUCCAUAUAAUAGGAUUUUAUUUUUUGAAUUUAAUUGAUUUUAAUGGCAUGGUUCAGAUUGAUAUCCAUUUUCAAAAACUUUAUUUUAAUUUUAUACGAUUUAAAGAGCAACGACAGUCUGUGCCCGUAAAAUAUGUUGCCACAGUAUUGAAAAACCUUUGGGGUCUCCAAAAUUUUAGUUCUCAUUGUAUUUGUCUGUAGUGCAAAAKAAUCGUAGUAUUUAGUAUUUAAAAAGUUUUUUUUUCUGUUUCUGAAAGCUGUCAAUGUUGUAAAAAUAGGCGGAAUUCACGCAAACACAUAUGACGUUASGUUGUGAAAUAAUUGACAGCGCAGAACAAAACAAAAUUACUAAACUAAAAGUAAUAUAGAAAUAAAGAGCAAUAAUUACUUGUAGUACGCUAAAGUGUUUCACGGGUUUGAUGAAAAACAUUCGAGAAUGAUAUUUCGUCGACCGUGAAAAGGAAAGGGACUAACUAGCGGAUUGAGAAGUCUACUACCAACUCUAAGUACUUUACUUUUCUUUCACGAGUGACGGAAUCUCACAAUUACGUCGCAUGGAAAAUCGUUUACCAUAUGGGUUGGACGAGUCUAAUCACUCAAUAGAUGUGUGGCAAACUAAGAAAGAAGUAUGUUCUCCAUUUGUACACAGAUAUUUUAGAAAGCCUUGAAUACUGUGAUACUUAAAAGUGCAUUCCAAGAAUUGCAAUUCAAACURGUUAGUUGCAUGUACGUACUUGGUAUAACCACCAAGAAAACGGCGAAAGAACYCCCCAUUUCGAUCUUGGAAUGCUCCAUCUGGUACCAGUAUUCAACAUUUUCUGAACUAGUUGUAUGCACYCAUAGAUUAUUAAUACAGUAUAUUAUAAAAAAGGUAUUCAUCUUUAGCUAUUUUUAGCUUCAAGCUUCGUACUCUCUGUUGUUUUAGACGUUUGGAGUUAUAAAAAAUUYAGAGAUUCAAAAGAAUAGUUUAAAUUAUUGCUCAAAGCAGAACAAGUUAUAAGUUGAAUUAUAAAUUCUAAUMAAGGGAAACGUUGGCCGUUCAGAUGUUAUACCGGCGCUGCGUUUAGAAGUUAGGUUAUCCAGGUCUUUUUACCAAUCGUUAUUAAAGAAAACAUAAUCAUUGUCUGGAUCA